GUGAGCCCGAACCCGACUCGACCCGAAGGCUUUUUUACCCUGCCGAAUCCGACCCGAAGUGGUAGGAAAUUUUCGAAACUUGACCCGAGUGACCCGAAAAUUUAGGAGAUGCUGAUCUUGUGAAAGUACGGUGAUAAAAUUUUUUGUUUGAAUCCAUCAAGGUGUUGCCAUAACAGUGACCAAAAUGGGGCUAUUUAUAACUGCAAGAUUUCUCAGUAACGAAAUGUUGGAGAGACCUCGGACUGAUCUUAAGUUGACGAAAACACAUGUGGUUGGAGGCUAAUAAAGCCGGAUUUUUGAUAUUUUCUUUUCAAAUUAAUAGUCAGCGUCAAAAGUCCAAUAUCUGAAAAAGUCACAUUAACUUGCAUAAAGAUAUGUUUCUGAAUAAAAUAUCGGGCUUUAUUAGCCUCUAGCCACAUGUGUCAACUUUAAUUUAAGACUUUCCCGAGCUCUCUGCAACGUUUCAUAACCGGGAAAUCUUGCAGCUACGAAAUAGUGUUAAGAUGAAGGCCACUUUCGAGAUAUGGUUGUGCCAGUCAGUACAGUCUCAUGGUCUAUAUCUCGAUCGGGAUAUAGUCAAAAACAUAUAGCCCAAUCAGGGCAUAAACUUGAUUUUUUUAAAUAAAAAUUCGUUAGCGAAAAAUGAUGAUGUUCGCGGAAAGUUUUGACCAUUCCAUGCAAAAGAGCGUGUAAAACUAUAUCAGAUUCUUUUUUCUUGUGGCCAAAUUUUUCUUCCGGUCAGCCACCUUUUUUUAAAUAGUUCUCGAGGAUCACAUUCUAUAUCCCGAUCAGGAUAUUUUACUUUUUUUACUAACUAUUUUUAACACUUUCUCAAAAUAUCUUGAUAUUUUCUCUUACUCUGGACAUACAUAAAGUAGCUACAUCCAGUGAAAUAUUCAGUUAAAGUCACGCUCGUCCAUCGUGAUUCGUCGUCCGCUCAGCGACGUACACAACAUUGUUUACAAAAACAGUUUUCAGAUGUGUAAACUGCGUUGAAAAGUUGAACGUUUCAGAAAUGCUGAAAUGUUUUCAUCACUCAAGUUCUGGUGGCUGAUAUGUUAUGUUCUAUGUCAUCUUUGCACUACAAGUGCCGCAUCGUACAAAAAUAAAUUUUUUAAGUCGGAGUUAAAUAAAAAGUAAAUUUCGAACGUACCGUUAGAAAGAGCAUAAAAAUACUACACAAACUAGGCUUAUUUCGUAUAAACUCAGUAAUUUGUUCUUGUUUUUAAAAAUUUUGCUUAAAUACUUCAAAGUAAGGUGAUGAGUUCAAAACCUAAAUUUGACUCGCUUAUAACGACUAAACUGAGUUCUCACUUUUGCUACACUUUUUAGCGGAAAUAGUAGCAGAAGAAAAANAAUUUUGAGUUUAGGAAGUUUACAUUUUUUUCGACUUUCAUCUAAUUGGCUUAGUUUUCUUGAUUGAAGUUCUGAAAUUAUAGUUUAGGUAUGAUUUUGUAGAAAUUUUGCAGCGCAUCUUUCAAAAAAAACAUCGAGUCUCCGAAACAGACCCAAACCAAGUUAUAAGCAAAAUACUGAGAGGGCCAUUCUUUAUGGAUCACCUGUUAAAGCACAAACGUUUUUUCAACAAGCUACUUUUAUAGAACAUAAUAUUCUAAAUAAAUAAGAUGAAAUGUUUCAUUUAUCCUAGAAUGUUACCUGUGACGUUCACUGGUGCUCGGUGUUUCGAAUCUUUGAAGUUCCAAGUAAAAUUGCUGAAAAAGUAAGAAGAAAGAGAGCCUUUCGAAAACGUUCAUAUAUAACUCUAUGCAGUUGAAACAUUAAUGUAUAAUAUCUCAUCUUAUUCAGAAAUUUUUAUGAUCUAUAAAAGUAGCUUAUUGAAAAAAAAAAUUGUGCUUAUGAAUGAGUGAAAUUUAGGUUUUGAACUCAUGAUAAACGCGUUAAACAAGUUAAUAAAACGAGAACAGAAUACUGACUUUAUGCGAAAUAAGUCUGGUUUGUGUAGUGUUUUUGCUCUUUCUAACGGUUUUUUAGGAAGUCGCUUUUCAUGAUUUUUUGACAAAAGAAAUUUCUGUUUUCUUCUGUUCAUUUAUUAUGGAUUGAACGGGACUCAAAUUACAAAAAUCUUGUAUGAAUCUGUAUUGCAUAAAGCAAUAGAUGAAAAAAAAUCAAAAAAAAACAUUUUGCUUAUCUUUUGAAUUGCCGGCACCUUACUGUGGGCACAACUGAAUAGUCUAAUUUUCGUGAUAUCUUAUGGUAAAUAUUUAUCAAUAAAGAAUAUUUUAAAUUUAUCACAAAUUUGUCAGAUCUUAUUGAAAUAUUAUUAGUAAGCGUUAAUUUUGGCUGGCCUUCUGUAAGAAAACUUCGUGGAAAAAUGGCCUUCAUUGUUCGUAAUCUAUCUAUGGAUGAACUUCAAUUUGUGUCGUGGUCUGGAUCGCCUACACAUCUCACGUACGUUGCUGAAGCGAUCGAGCGGGCAUCCAAAGGUGAAGUUGACUAUCUCAUCAUUUACGUCGACGGUGUGCCGCUUGGUAUAGGAGGUGUGGAUUAUAUGGUCAACGUUGGAGUAGGAACACUAUACCAACUCUCCGUACAUCCCGAUUAUGAGUCGCGUGGAAUUGGCACUGCGCUCAUUCAAGCACUCGAGAAACGAACAGUAGAUCGUGGUUGCACGGCUGCAGAAUUAUCAGUUGAGAUAGAGAAUGCUCGUGCUCGGGCGUUGUAUGAGAGACUUGAAUACAGCAUCAUUGGAACCACGACCGAAAGUUGGAGGGAAGAAGCAGACGAUGGUACGAUCACAGUGUAUACCUGCGAAUGCCUUCGUAUGCGAAAGACGCUUCAGUGA